ACGAAGAUUUAGCGCCGUCACUGUUUAGUACGUAACUUUUUAAUAUGGUGAAUCUAAAUUUGUUGUCACGUUCUCUUCGUAAAAUCUCACUGUUCCACCAUUCAAUAAUUUCAACCAGGAUUUCGUCAUGUCGACACCUGAGUUACACAAGUGGAUACACAAUUAUUGACCACUCGUUUGAUGCUGUGGUAGUUGGUGCAGGUGGUGCUGGCCUGCGAGCAGGCUUCGGCCUCGCGAAUGAAGGAUUCAAAACUGCUAUCAUCACGAAAUUAUUCCCGACAAGAUCUCACACUGUCGCUGCACAAGGUGGUAUAAACGCUGCUCUCGGUAACAUGGAACCUGAUGAUUGGCGUUAUCACAUGUAUGACACGGUUAAAGGUUCCGAUUGGUUAGGUGAUCAGGAUGCUAUUCAUUAUAUGUGCGAGGAGGCUCCAAAAGCCGUCAUUGAGUUGGAGAACUAUGGGGUCCCUUUCAGUCGUCUGGAGAAUGGCAAAAUAUAUCAACGAGCCUUUGGCGGACAAAGCAUAGACUACGGACGUGGAGGUCAGGCUCAUCGAUGUUGUGCUGUGGCGGAUCGCACUGGACACUCUUUGUUGCAUACAUUAUAUGGGCGGUCUCUACGCUAUGAUGCCAGUUAUUUCAUAGAGUAUUUUGUUUUGGACCUGCUGAUGGAGAAUAAUGAGUGUCGAGGUGUUAUUGCAGUUUGCCUUGAAGAUGGGACUCUACAUCGUUUCCGUGCAAGGAAUACAAUACUUGCUACAGGGGGGUAUGGUCGUACUUACUUUUCAUGUACGUCGGCACAUACAUGCACGGGGGAUGGUACCGCCAUGGUUACAAGAGCUGGUUUACCCAAUCAAGACAUGGAAUUCGUCCAGUUUCAUCCUACAGGGAUUUACGGUGCCGGAUGUCUUAUCACCGAGGGGUGUCGUGGUGAAGGUGGGUACCUCAUAAACAACAAAGGAGAGCGAUUCAUGGAAAGAUAUGCACCAAAUGCUAAAGAUCUAGCUUCUCGUGAUGUAGUUUCAAGAGCAAUGACAAUUGAAAUCCGGGAAGGACGUGGAGUUGGUCCUUUGAAAGACCACAUAUUUUUGCAACUUUCUCAUCUUCCGGCCGAACAGCUGCACAGUCGACUGCCUGGGAUAUCAGAAACGGCAAAAAUAUUUGCGGGUGUCGAUGUUACGAGGGACCCUAUUCCUGUGUUACCAACGGUACAUUAUAACAUGGGAGGAAUUCCAACGAAUUACAGAGGACAGGUGUUAACGUAUGAUCCUAUUGCUAAGACGGAUAAAACUGUUCCUGGAUUAUAUGCUGCAGGUGAAGCUGCUUGUGCAUCGGUUCAUGGCGCCAAUAGAUUGGGUGCGAAUUCACUGCUUGACAUAGUUGUGUUUGGCCGCGCGUGCGCUUUGGAUAUCGCUGCAAAACAUAAGCCUGGCGAUGCAGGUCCCGAAUUGAAACCAGAUGCUGGAGAGGCUUCCAUCGCCAACUACGACAAACUUCGCACUGCCAAUGGACAGUACCCAGUAGCUCAUGUUCGACUAGAGAUGCAACGUACGAUGCAAGAGUAUGCGGCUGUAUUCCGUGAUGGUUCAACUCUUCAAACAGGUUGUAAGAAAAUGUAUGAACUUUACACCUCUCGGAUGAAUGAUUUAAAAGUUAGUGAUCGAAGUAAAAUCUGGAACAGUGAUUUGAUGGAGGCUUUGGAAUUGCAAAAUUUAAUGCUCAAUGCCUUACAAACCAUUGUAAGUGCUGAAGCUCGUAAAGAAUCUCGUGGUGCUCAUGCACGUGAAGAUUUUUCCAGUCGAGUAGAUGAAUUUGACUAUUCCAAACCUAUUGAAGGACAAAAGCCCAAACCAUUUGAAGAACAUUGGCGGAAACAUACAUUAGCUUAUCAGGAUGCGAAAAGUGGUGCUGUGAAAUUGGAGUACCGUCCGGUAAUUGAUGCCACUUUAGAUUCUGACAGCUGUCCAACUGUCCCACCGAAACUGCGUUCAUACUAGGUUAGUUUCCCUAACCUUUACGUUGCAAAAAUAUCAUAUGUAUUCAUUUUUUGUUAACAAAAAUACUAUUAUCAGCAUAUUUUCCGUUGCUUGAUCGAUAGCUGCAACUUGGGAGUAGUAGCGGGGCUUACAUAUCACAAUGACCCCACGAACUACACUGACUGGGUCCCUUGUUCUCUCGAGGUCCUACGAUACCGGAAAUGUCAUUUGGAUAGUGGUGAAAUCAAAGGUGAUUUCCGUUAUGAUAUACACUGCUACACUAUGAAGGCAGUCUGAUGGUGGAUUCGUACUGCUAGCUGGAUAGGGUGUGACAGAAGUAAGUUGUUUUCCCUGGAUGACCAGCAGUACCAUGCUGAUACUACCUUUCUGGUGAGAACGGAAGGUUAGGCACUUUUGGCCUUGAAAAUAGUACACUCUUCCUGUCUUGUGUCGAUCGUGUGUGUUCUUAGGUGGAUUUGAAGAAAACAAACCGAAAUUCUAAAGUUCUGAAAUGGCCUUAUUUAAUCGGUCUCACUUUGACUCUGUGGUCACGCAGUAACCCCUUUUUUUCAGGUAAAUCAGGAAGAACUGGCUUUCCAUGAUGCAGACAGCUGACAUGUGUCAACUGCCCUAACAACUCUGUCAGCACUAAAGUUCAUUCAGAUUAUUAUCAACCUUCAACGUCGUUACUUUCUAAUCUUCUCCAUGUCUGUUGGCCAAAAUUCUUGAUUCUUAAUUUCUUCCAGGUCUGCAUUUUUUAAUAGAGACUGGAGUUCACGAGGCAGAAUCUUGGUCUCAUGGAACCGCGUUGCAGACCACAUUGGGCUCUUAGUGUCCUCACCCUCCGUCAAAUCGAUCAGCAAGCUUCGUUAUGCAAAAUGUGGGCUUCUUGGGUCAUGGAUGUAUGUUGUGUUUGCGAAAUAUGUGUACAGGACUCAAGUGCAACUACCGACUUACCGUCAAUCGAUCAGUCUAAUGAAAAUGCAAAAUUCAUUCUUCGAGGUUCUGAAUAUUCGAUGGCGAGUUCCUAAUGUCUUGCAGGUUGUUGAACUAGAUUCCAGUUAACAGGGGCCUGUUAAUCUGACUAUCAUAAUUGACAGUGGUAAGGUGAACAGUGAAACUCGCUGCCUACACACUCGUUGUCAUUGUUUACCUCAGAAAAGGUAACCAUUAAAGAUUGCCAUUUAUAACUGAGUUUAACAAUAUAUUUACUGAGUCCUGCUUGCUUAUCGUGUAGUCCAUGAAUCUUCACGUGGUCAUAAAGUUAGCUGUAUCCAGAGGGUGACAGUCUAGUUAUGUUUAUUGACUCAUCUCAAGUUUUCCACAUAUUGUGUCUAACUAUUCUCGUUUCGUUUCAAUUUUCUCUUUCAGAAUUGGCUACAUUUAAGAUCAAACUGACUAACUGACUGAUUAAAGCUUGCUAAUAUCCAGUUCAACUUUUUUCUGUGAAUUAUGUAUCGGUGUUUGAUUUUUGUAUUCUUUGAGUAUCUGUAUGUGUUUGUAUGCAGCUAUAUCAAACUGAACUGUUCUAAGCUGUUAAUACAGACCACAUCUUUCUUUGAAUGCCCCUGUUGACAAGUGAUAAUUUUGUCUUUGUUAUACUUUUACAGCUUAUAUUAUUGUUUAAACACAAUUUUCCCAAAGAUCUGUAACACUUCAUUACUUUUAUCAUUUCCCUUCCCUUUUCUCUCUCUCACACUGUAUCCAUUCAUAUUUUAUUUGUUAGUCAAGUAUUUAAUUAUUUGAUGACACUUGAUAAAACUAGUUCCAUUAUUCAGAUGAUUUUUUCAGUCUAUCUAGUAACAUUUUAUUGACUU